CAGUGUCUCUAAAAUGUCUAAUAGAAAUCAUUAAAUCUGGAUUAGUUAGAUCUAGACGCUAGAGAAGUUGGAUUAGAAGCCUAAUGAGUAUUGUUUGUGUGAAAAAGGAAAUCUCUUAGUUCAUGAAAAUCCUUAGUCGCCUUAGAUCUAGCUUUAAAGAUGACUUUCUCAGCCAACCCCAGUAAAAUAUUUGCUGGUUACAGAGCUUUAGGAUUUGUCAGCAACCAUGUUCCUCUUGCCACACGCUAUCACAAAAGGCACAAAGAGAAUUACAUUGUUACUUGUGUGGGACGCUCAUUUCAUGUUUACAAUACAAGCAGGUUGGGCAUAGUUGCAGUCAGUGACAUUCACCCUGAUGAUAUCAGUGCUGUUGCCACAGACUUCCGCUAUGUAUAUACUGCUGCUGGCAAAAACAUUUUCUCCGUUGCUAGGAACAGAAAAAUAGAAAAGACUUUUGAAGGUCAUGCUGCAGAAGUGCAUUUAUUGCUUCCCUUUGGUCAUCAUUUGAUAUCAGUAGAUGUGGAUGGAUUUCUUAUAGUUUGGGAUCUUGGCGCAGGAAAACCUUAUCUCCAAACUAAGUUUGAUCCAGAAAGCUUCUCAGUUACUGCCGUAGCCCAUCCUCACACGUACAUGAACAAAGUACUUUUAGGAAGUGAACAGGGAACUCUUCAGCUGUGGAACAUCAACACCAAUAAAUUGAUUUACUCUUUUGAUGGAUGGGGUGUCAGCAUCACUGUCAUACAGCAGUCCACAGCUGUUGAUGUGAUGGCUAUUGGUCUUGCAGAUGGGCAAGUUAUUCUUCAUAACCUGGCAGUGGACAAAACUGUGGUGAAGUUCAAGCAGGACUUUGGUCCAGUCACAGCUAUUAGCUUUAGAACAGAUGGUCAUCCCAUGAUGCUGACAGGCAGUGCAGCUGGUCAUAUAGCCUUGUGGGACUUGGAAAACAGGAAACUGCACAGCUAUUUGAAAGAUGCUCACUACUCAUCAGUGACUGGCCUUCAGUGUCUGCCUUCAGAGCCUUUAAUGGUUACCUGUGCUGCUGACAACUCUCUUAAGGUGUGGAUAUUUGAUCUUGCUGAUGGUGGAGCUAGACUGCUGAGACUCAGAGAAGGUCACAGUGCUCCUCCAUCAUUCAUCAGAUUUUAUGGCACUGAUGGUCAAAAUAUUCUUACAGCAGGUCAAGAUAGCACAGUCAGGUCAUUCUCAACAGUUCAUGACAAAAACAACAAAAAUUUAGGUCGAGCGUCCUACUUCAAGAAGGCGUCAAAGAGAGCAGGACUUAAGUUGGACAAAUACAAAAUGCCGCCAGUUGUCCGCUUUGCUGCAGAACAAAGUCGAGAAAGUGACUGGGAUAACAUCUUGGCGUGUCACAGAUCUUUGAACCUGGUGUCAACUUGGAGUUACCAGCGAACAACUAUGGGCAAACACAUGAUUUCCCACCCAAGGUUCAGCACUGAUGUGUCAGAGCAUUCCAUCACAGCUACUGCUGUAGAUAUCAGUGCUUGUGGUAACUUUGGUUUUAUCGGCUACAGUACAGGUCAUGUAGAUAUAUACAACAUGCAGUCUGGUCAGCACAGGGGAUCUUUUGGAGAGGAAACAGCUCAUGAUUGUACAGUAAGAGGAGUUUCUGUUGAUGCACUCAACCAAAAGGUCAUUACCGCUGGUGCUGAUGGAACUCUUUCUUUUUGGAAGUUUAAGACUAAAGAGCUUCUGGGUACUUUAAAAUUGAAUGCAUUUGUUUCACAGAUUGUGUUACAUAGAGAUAGCUCAAUGCUGGCAGUAGCUUUGGAUGAUUUUACAAUUAGUCUUGUGGAUAUUGACACUAGAAGGGUUGUAAGACAGUUCUCUGGCCACACAUCUUCUAUAACAGACAUGACUUUCCGUGCUGAUGGUAGAUGGCUGCUAACUGCCAGUUUAGAUUGUACAAUACGAACUUGGAAUAUACCAACUGGAAAGCUUAUUGAUGUGUUCCUGCUUCAUUCAGCUGCUACCACAAUAUCAAUGUCACCAUGUGGUACCUUCCUGGCCACUUCCCAUGUUGGAGAUGUUGGUGUGUACCUGUGGUCCAACAAAACACUCUACUCCCAUGUGUCCUUGACCCCUAUUCCUGUAGACUACACACCCAAGCUGGCCCAGCUCCCUAGUACAGUAAUCAGUGACCCAGAAUCUUCUGAAAUGUUGAAUGGGUCUACAGAGGAAGAGGAGUUUGAAGAUGACUACAAGUCACCCGAGCAGAUAGCUAGUGAACUGGUGACCUUAUCAUUGCUGCCGACUUCAAGAUGGUUAAAUUUGUUGAACUUGGAUAUAAUAAAAAUGAGAAAUAAGCCUAAAGAGCCACCUAAAGCCCCCAAAGCAGCACCCUUCUAUUUACCAACCAUAGCAGGACUGCAGCCUUCAUUUGAUGUGUCAAGUCAGUCUACAGAUAACUCCAAGACACAGAGUCACAUUAAGAAGCCUGAACUGGGAUCGUUAUCUGAUCUGGCAAUGCAGCUGCUCAAGGCACAUCAAAACCAUUCAUAUGAGUCGAUAUUGAGCUCAUUGAAAGAGAUGGGUCCAUCUGCCAUUGACAGAGAGAUUCGACUGCUAGGAGACGAGGGAAGCACUGAUGAGGCCAUGCUGUAUUUCAUUGAGUUUAUUGAAGCUACUCUCAAGACCAACAAACAUUUUGAGCUGGCCCAUUCUUAUUUGGCUUUGUUUUUGAAGGUUCAUGGUGACCAGUUAUCCUCUAAACCCCAAUUGGCAUCUGCCCUAGAAAGCCUAACCAACACACAGCUACAUUCCUGGGAUAGGGUCCAGUCUCUCUUACAGAAAUCUUUAGGCAUGGUCAAUUACUUGAGAUCUGCUACUGUUUAAAUAAUAAAAUAUGUAUCAAUAAA